CAGAGUGGUAACAAGCGUUUACGCUUCGCGACUUGUGGAAGUUUUAUUAUUUUUCACAGCAUCUCGGAUAUUUGCCAAGUGAAACCCAUCGUUGGAGACCGCACGGCAUAGUCUCGCAUAUAAAUCUCACAAUGAAGUUUUCGGAGGGUGAAGAAGUUCUUGCCAAGCAUCCGAAUACCUCUGAAUAUUAUAAGGGAAAGAUUCUCAACGUCAGAGGUGAUCGAUAUAAGAUACACUUUGAAACAGGCAUUGAGUAUACAGUUAAAGAAAAUGAUAUAAAGGCUGAGAGAAUAGGGAGAAUCUCGACGAGAACAAACAGAGCAACAAAAAGCCCUACAAGACGUUCUCCUAGUAGGAAAUCACCAAGUAGGCGAUCGCCUGGAAGACAGUCGCACAGAUCUCCUGGAAGAUCGCCAUCAUCUACGACUAGGAAAUUACCUAUUCGUAGCACACGUCUCGCUAAAAUAUCUCUGUCUCGUAUAGAUGUCGAAAGAGAUAAAACGAGCAAUCAUAAAGGAAGCGACAUAAAGAUACCGAAUGAGAGUCCAACUGAUUCGUUGCCUUUGCAGCAACGUUUGAAGGAAAUUAUGACUGUAACACAUAGACCAUCGCUUCUGAAGACUGAACAAGAAUAUAAAUCGAUUAUAUUAAGAAGUAUUGAUAGAGCUGCCUCGCUUCCAGUGGAAAGGAAAAGUUAUGUACAAGAUUAUCCUCUGGGAGAAAAAGAAAGAGGAUACUCAAUGCAAAGAGAUCAAGAUAUAACAAAAACUUUACAGGAAGGCGAAAAAUGGGAAACGGUUGUGAAACGUGAGAAAGAAAUAAAUAGAGUUGAUAAACCGCAAGAAUGGGGUGGAUGGGUUGGGACAGUUUUCCUCACAUUUAUAUUACCAAUGUCCGUAAUCUUACCACAACUCUUAUGCUCAAAAGGACAAUGCAAAUCUACACUUAUAAAACUUUCUGCUGAUGUGAAGUCUUAUAUAAAUUUAUAUACGUUGCUGUCUUAUAUUGCAUUUUUAACAUUAUUGGCUUGUAUUUCGAUUAUACCGAUUGGGAAAAUCAUAGAUGGACAGCAGAGUAAAAUUGGAAGACUCCGAUAUCGCAUAAAUGGCUUUUUGAGUGCUAUAGUGGCUAUGAUGGGAUUUGGUUUAUGUGUAUACAUGAAUAUACCGGUCAGUGAAUACAUUCUGAAUAAUAUCGUGCAGUUGUCUGUCAGUGCGUGGAUUGUGGGAACGAUUUUAGCUUUGGGAUUGUAUAUUAAAGCAGGAAAAGCUCCAGUAAUCAAUCUAAAUAUAUACGCAUCAACCAACAGCAAGAUAUACAAUUUUUGGCAGGGUAGAGAAAUUAAUCCACGAAUUGGCACUUUGGAUUUCAAACUGCUGUUAAUACGAGCUUCUCUCAUUGGCACAUUGAUCGUGAACACAGCCAUCGCCCUUAAAGUUGUUGGCAAUAUAAAGAGUCCAAAUAUUGAGAAACUUGAUGUAACUACAUUAUUAGCUAUCUUGUUGCAACUAUUUUAUAUUCUACAUGGAUUAAUAUACGAAGCUACUAUCUUUACGUCCUUUACAAUAAUGUACGAGGGAACCGGAUACAUGACAUGUGUUAGUCAUUUGUUGUACCCAUUCUUGACGACUCUCACUACAAGAUUUAUAUUAUAUCAAAAAAUGAAACUUGAUUACUUUGUUGGGUUAUCUAUUUUGAGCUUUAUAAUGGGAUAUGUUUUGUAUUACACUAGUAAUUUGCGGAAAGAUGAGUUCAGAAAGAAUCCAAUUUCAUCAACAGUACCUUAUUUAGAAACCAUCCCGACAUCACGAGGAAAGAAGUUGAUGUUGUCCGGUUUAUGGGGUCAUGUGAGACAUCCCAAUUAUUUGGGUGAUGUUAUAAUGCAUUGGUCUAUUGCGAGUAUUGGCUUAGCAAAUGACAUUCUACCAUACUACACCGCGAUCUGUUGUACAUUAGUACUCGCUUAUAGAGCUGUGAGAGACAAUAAACGUUGUCAGAUGCGCUAUGGAUAUGCAUGGGAGCAGUAUUGUUCGCGUGUGAAGUACAUGAUUUUGAAACGUAUAUUUUAA